AUGGAUGCUGACGAUGAUCAACAAUAUCAGAUUGUAACAUCUCCUAAGUGGCCCAGUGUGGAUGUUGAUGAAGAUCAACGCUCCAUCUUGACCUCCCGAAAGAAAUAUGCUGUUUUUAUCAGUUUCAGAGGAGAAGAUACUCGUAAAACCAUUACUAGUCAUCUCUAUAAAGCACUCAAGGAUGGAGGAAUUGAAACCUAUAUCGACGAGGACAAACUUGGGCGAGGACAAGAGAUUUCCAAAGCUCUAUUGGAUGCCAUUGACAACUCUAAAUUUUCUCUAGUUAUUUUCUCAGAAAAUUAUGCAACCUCGUCGUGGUGCUUGGAUGAGUUGGUGCAUAUUCUUCAAUGCAUGGGGAAGAAGGCUCACAUAGUUCUGCCAGUAUUUUACCAUGUUGAUCCAUCGGAUGUGCGGAAACAAAGAGGAAACUAUGCAGAUGCGUUUAUCAAACAUGAAGAGCGUUUCAAGGAUACUAUCAUACAAAAAUGGAAGGUGGCUUUAACUACUGCAGCUAAUCUUGCUGGAUGGCAUCCAUCACAAUUCAAGAAUGAAGCUGAAUUAGUGACGGAGAUUCUCAAUCAUAUACGAGGAAAAUUAAAUUCAUGUUCAAAGACCACUGAUGAUUAUUUAAAACAAGAUUUAGUUGGAAUUGACAAGUCUAUUGCAGACCUGGAAAAGUUGCUAUCGAUUAAUAAUGCUCCAAUUUUAGGGAUUUGUGGAAUGGGAGGGUUGGGUAAGACCACCCUAGCUGAAGUCAUUUUCAAAAAAAUCCGUCAACGGUUUAAUGGUCAUUGUUUUCUUCGAAAUGUUAGAGAAGAACACCAAAAGUACGGACCAACUUAUUUGGAAAAACAAUUUUUUCAAAGAUUAUCAAAGGAAAAAGAUAUAAACUUUGAAGAUUUGGAUUUCGUAAAGGAUAGGCUAUGCCAUAAGAAGCUACUUAUAGUUCUUGAUGAUGUGGAUGACUUGGAUGACUAUGAUUUUUUACUAAAAGAUUGCCAUGCAUGGUUGAAUUCUGAAAGUAAAGUUAUCAUAACAAGUAGAAAUCAACAAGUGCUUCGAAAUAUAAUUGGAGAUGAUGAAAAGAUGAUAUACCGAUUGGACAUAUUAAAGGAAAAGGAAGCUGUUGAACUCUUUAAUUUGCAUGCUUUCAAAAGAAAAAGUGUUGAUAAAGAAAGCUACAUAGAAAUUUCAAGAAAGUUUGUAGAUUAUGCUCAAGGUCUUCCUCUUGCUCUUAAAGUUUUGGGUUCUCAUCUGUUUUCAAAGAAUAGGGAAGUAUGGCAAAGCUUGCUAAGUGAGCUACAAGAAUAUUCCGAUCAAGGAAUUUUAAAAGUACUACAAAUAAGUUUCGAUGGACUAAAGAGUAUAGAAAAGAACAUAUUUCUUGAUAUAGCAUGUUUCUUUCUAGGUGAAGAAAAAUGUUAUGUUAAAGAAGUAUUGGAUGCUUCUAAUUCUUUUGAUGCUGUAAUUGAAGUUCUUGUUGACAAGUGUUUGAUAACUGUAUCUAAAUAUGGUACAAUUCAAAUGCAUGAUUUGUUGCAAGAAAUGGGUCAAUCAAUUGCUCGUGGAUUAGAUCCUAGUCGUUUGGAAAACUAUAGAAGAUUGUGGAUGCCCAAAGAUAUUUGCCAUGUCUUGGAAAAUAAUAUGGGUACUUCGGAAAUUGAAGGAAUAUAUAUGGUCAGCUCUACCAUACAAGGAGAGAAGGUAAACUUGGACCCUUCAGUUUUCAGAAGAAUGUCACGUCUAAAAUUGCUUAAACUAUCGAGUUAUCAUGGGAAGUUUUCAUUUCUUCUUCCUCAUGGCUUGGACUCUUUUCCUGAAAAGCUUAGAUUUCUAGAAUGGAGUUGCUACCCAUUGGCAUCUUUAGGGUCAAAAUUUACACUGCACAAUCUUGUUCAUCUCAAUAUGUGCGAAAGCCAGCUUGAGAAACUAUGCCAUGAGUUCCAGGAUGUAAAAAACUUAAAAUAUGUCAAUCUGAGCUUCUCAAAAAAGUUGACUUCUCUACCAAAUCUUUCCGGAGCAAAUCUUUGGAGGCUGGAACUACGAGGUUGUAGAAGUUUGAUUGAGCUUCCUCCGUUAAGAUUUCACAAUGUUGAUCAUGGUGGACAAAAAGAAUCAAGAGUAUUACACCUUUAUAAGAACAAAAUACUUCAGAUUUUUGGUGAAAAGGACCUAGUGGAUAAGGAAAUAGAUGGUGUCAUAGAUUAUCAUUGGGAUUUUCAAAUUGAUGACUGCUUACUUAAUCUCUCCGAGUGCUCUAAUGUAAGAAUUGUUUCAGAGAUGUCUGGUAAUAUAAAAUCCUUGUGUUUGAGUUCCACUGCAAUAGAAGAACUACACUCUUCCAUUGGAUCUCUUAAGAAUCUUCUUAUGCUCGAUCUCUCACAUUGUAGACAGCUCAAGAAUCUUCCUAGAAGCAUUUGUUAUUCACAAUCCUUGGAAUUUCUUGAUAUGGAAGGAUGUGUGUCUUUGGACAAGUUUCCAGAGCUCCCCCAAAAUAUAAAAGGAUUAAAAUUGAGUGGAACAUCGAUUCAACAAAUCAAUUCGUCGUUUUUCGAGUGUUUGCCUUGCCUCGAGAUUUUAUGCAUGAAAAAUUGUACCGAGCUUGAAAGCCUCCCAACAACAAUUUGUAAACUGAAGGCUCUUAGAGUACUAUGUUUCGCCUAUUGCUCGCAACUGAAAAGUUUUCCAGAAAUCUCGGAGCCUAUGGAGAAUCUAGAGAAACUUUAUUUAAAUGGAACAUCGAUUGAUGUGAUUCCACCAUCCAUUGGAUCUCUAAUUAAGCUUGAACUUUUAGAUUUGAGAGAGUGCCACAGGCUCAUUUCUAUUCCAACAUCUAACAUCUAUAAGAUGUGCAACAUUUCUAGUAUCUACAUUGAUGAAAAUCCAACACGUGAGGAAGAUUUGGUUGUCUUGUUAUCGUUAGAUGUAUGCAUUUCUGAAAUGUUUCGACAAUACAAUUGUCUAGGUUCUUGUUUGGAUACAAAUCUAGUCUCUGUUCUAAAAUUAGUGAGUUCUAGAAAUCUUGAUGCGUAUCAAUUUUGGACAAAUUUCUCUGGUUGUGAGUGCUCGUUAUUCUACAUUAUACACAAUCUUUUAGUGAGCAAAUCUUUGCAGGAUAAAAUUUUCAAAAUAAAGCCAGAAUGGGCCCAUUACGAAGAAAAGGCUCUAUAUGGUCCUAAAAUGAGCUUUGCUUAUUCAGCAAAGAGAAUUCCCCAGUGGUUUACUUAUAAAUCUAUGGGAUCUUCAGUAUAUGUAGACUCUGGUCCAUCAACUUGGUUUGAUAAUGAAAGCUUUUUAGGCAUUGCUAUAUGCAUUGUUGUUGAUUUUGGUAAGUGCUUUUUGGAUCACGCAAAGUUGAACAUAUAUUGUGAUGCCCAUUCUUCAGAGCCCGUUGGAGAAGUCUUCUGUAGUUUACAUCUUCAGAUACAAAGUAGUACUCAGCUUGGUGUUGAUUAUUCUAAUUCAGAUCAUGUGCUCAUAUAUUAUCUUACUAAAAAUGGCAUUUAUGAUGAUUUACUUGAUGCAAAUGCAAAGAAUGUUUCAUUUGAGUUUUACAUCGAGGAAUCAGAUCAUUAUAACUAUAUCACGAAGAGAAUAAAAGAAUGUGGGAUUCGCUUACUGUGUGACCAAGAUAUGCUACUGAAUGAGCAAGCAACUUCUUCUUCAUGA